AUGAAGUACAGCAUCCCAACACUACUGGCUUUUAACCAGGGCUCCAAGUGGGAGCAUUGUGACUGGACUGCCAACAUCGAAUAUUGCAAGCGACAAGGUUCCUCUUCACAGAGGAAGCCAGGUCUUUCCGAGAAGACUGCAAACAGUUCUACCAAGAAAUCAGCUCCAUCUUCCUCGUCCUUCUACCCCCGCAAGAUCACCACCAAAAAGGGUAGACCACUUUCUCAUUCACAGAAAUACAGCAAAGAGCGACCACGCACACCAGUUGUCACUAACGACGGCUUUGCUCAAUUUUUGAGAAAGCAUUCCUCACCAACACACCAGCGUGUCACGGCUGGUGGCAAGAUCGUCCCUAUGGUGCACAGCCAGGAGGGAGCCCCGCGUUCAGGUAGUGGGAUUGCGGAAUGGCCAUUCACAUUGGCAACCUAUGCUGAUGAUGUGCAAUCGCUUAUGGACAUCCAUUCUGAGCAAUAUCGUCAACACCAAGAAGUUGUUGAUGCUGCAAACAUGGCUAAUGAUGUGCAAGAUCCAAAUGCCCCCAUUCAAGAUCAUGGAAACGGGCAAAUGCAUUACGCAGUCUCUGGUGUGGAGCCGUCGCAAAUUCCCACCUACUUCCCACAUGUAGCUGCAGCCUCAACCAGACAGGAGUAUGAUCACGUGACCGGAUCCUCGGCUAGAACUAUUCAGUCUCUUCAAGAAAUUGAGAUCAAUCUGGGAUUUCUGCUCUACGAAGUAGGCCGGAAAAUUGCCCGAACUCUGAAGACUCACCCCCGUGAUCGAGAUCAGCGCAUUGUGUUUUCUCUCGCACGAGGAAAUAUCCAUCAGGCAUUCGAUUAUUGUUUUGAGGUGGGAUGGACUCCUUAUCGAUCCCAGCAGGUCAAUGUUCCUAUUCAGUAUAACUCUGUCAGUCGGCUCAACACUGGCGGCGCGUUUUACCCGCGUCUCCGUCUCCUCAUGGCGACGAACUUUGUUGGACAGAAUAUCGUUUUUGUCCCAGGCCAGCGCUUUUUGCCGAUUACCCUAGAUCCGACGACUGAUCACCAUGGCAACUUCCUCGGAUGUAAUACCCCCAUUGGCCCUGGUCGAGGUCCCCGGCGGGUGAACAACCCCUUUGGACGCCAGAGUGCCGAAGAAUGGGUGAAUGAGGUCCCCUUUGCAACCAUUCAGAAUGAUGACAGCACUUUUGGGCGCCAAAGUCGGAGCAAGACCGAGGAAUGGGUUGACGAUGUUGCCUUGUCAACCGGCCAAAACGAUGACAACAGUUUUAAACCCCAGAGAGAGGGUCAAAAUGUUGUCGAGAGUAUUGUACCAGAAGAUAUGGCUAGCAAUGCAGCUAUUGCCACUAUUCAGGCUAGCCCUGCUGUCAGCCCUGCCGAAAAUCACAGUGAAAAUGUCAGCGACGAUUUGGUCUACAGGUCCAGCGUCUCUCUCCCAGAGAACUGUACCGAUGAGAAUAGCCUAGGCAGUGGGGACUCCGAUACCAGACGACUCAUGAGAUGCCUGGAAGAAGUCAUUGCUGAUGACUCCGAGGUAUCUCGGGUCAGUUUGAACAGCCGCUGCGGUGGGAACCUUAUCAAUGGACAAUUCCUGGGAGGUCUGGAUGGAACAUGUGAGCUGAAUGACUCCAAGGCAUCUCGAGCUGGAUUGAAUGCCCACAGCAGCGGGAGCUCUGGCAAUGGACCAUCUCUGAGAGGCCUGGAUAGAGAGCCAACGCAAGCUGCGCUCCCCAAGAGCGGGGUUUGUGAAGUUGGAGGACAGUCCGCUGGGCUGCGAGACCUGUAA